AUGGCGACUACAUCGAAUAUGUUCAUGUAUUCCUUGACAUUGCAGAAUCCUACAGCUGUCACGCAAGCUAUACUUGGACAAUUCGCAGGCACAAAGGAGCAACAGAUUGUAACAGCUUCAGGCUCGAAGCUUACCAUCCAUCGCCCGGACGCCGCUCAAGGCAAAGUCACCCCGAUAUAUACGCAGGAUGUCUUUGGAAUCAUAAGGUCUCUUGCAGCAUUCCGGCUGGCCGGAAGUAGCAAAGAUUACAUCAUCAUCGGAUCGGACUCGGGUCGUAUUACCAUCAUUGAGUACGUACCAUCACAGAACAGAUUCAACCGCAUCCAUCUGGAGACAUUUGGAAAGUCGGGUGUUCGACGAGUGAUACCUGGCCAGUAUCUUGCAGUAGAUCCCAAGGGACGAGCUUGUCUGAUUGCUUCGGUGGAAAAGAACAAACUUGUCUACGUUCUGAACCGGAAUUCUCAAGCAGAAUUGACAAUCUCCUCUCCCCUCGAGGCACACAAAGCACAAACUGUUGUCUUUGCUCUUACUGCUUUGGAUGUGGGAUACGAUAAUCCAAUAUUCGCUGCCAUUGAAGUCGAUUAUUCCGAGUCAGACCAGGAUCCCACCGGCCGAGCAUACGAGGAAGUUGAAAAACAACUUGUAUACUAUGAGCUUGAUUUGGGUCUGAACCAUGUGGUUCGUAGAUGGUCAGAUGUCAUACACCGGACUUCGAAUAUAUUGUUUCAAGUACCUGGAGGCGCUGAUGGUCCGAGUGGUGUCCUUGUUUGCGCAGAAGACAGCGUAACAUAUCGGCACUCGAACCAGGAUGCAUUUCGUGUGCCCAUUCCCCGUCGCAACGGUCCUACGGAGAAUCCCGAACGAAAGCGAAGUAUUGUAGCGGGUGUUAUGCACAAAAUGAGGGGCGCUUUCUUCUUUCUGCUGCAGACAGAAGAUGGCGAUCUCUUCAAGUUGACAAUCGAUAUGGUCGAGGAUGAGAAUGGUCAACUCACCGGUGAAGUGAAGAGGUUGAAGAUCAAAUACUUUGACACUGUCCCUAUCGCAGCAAACCUGCUUAUUUUGAAGAGUGGUUUCUUGUUUGUUGCAAGCGAAACAGGCAAUCAUCACUUCUAUCAGUUCGAAAAGCUUGGCGAUGAUGAUGAAGAGACCGAAUUCUCGAGUGAUGAUGUUUCUGCCGAUCCGGCUGAUCCUAUUAACCCCGUUUACUUCAACUUGAGAGGCGCUGAGAACUUGAAUUUGGUUGAAAGCAUCAAUUCUUUGAAUCCUAUCAUGGACUGCAAAAUCACGGAUGCCAUCGGAGAGGAUGCUCCUCAAAUUUACACCAUUUGUGGUACGGGAGCUCGGAGUACUUUCAGAACUCUAAAGCACGGUCUGGAGGUUUCUGAGAUCGUUGAGUCCGAACUUCCUAGCGUUCCUUCCGCCGUUUGGACGACGAAACUGACCCGUAACGACGAAUUCGAUGCUUAUAUUGUUCUGUCAUUCACGAAUGGCACUCUGGUUCUCAGCAUCGGCGAGACAGUGGAAGAAGUCACAGAUACUGGCUUUUUGUCCACAGCACCCACCUUGGCCGUUCAACAACUUGGCGAAGACUCUUUGAUCCAAGUUCAUCCAAAGGGCAUUCGACACAUUCUUGCUGAUCAUCGAGUUAAUGAAUGGCCUGCGCCUCAACAUCGUACCAUUGUUGCUGCAGCCACCAACGAGCGCCAAGUCGCAGUUGCUUUGAGUUCAGGCGAGAUUGUGUAUUUUGAAAUGGACACUGAUGGCUCGCUGGCCGAGUACGAUGAGAAGCGUCAGAUGUCAGGUACAGUUACAUCUCUGAGCUUGGGCGAGGUUCCCGAGGGCCGUGUCCGUAGUUCUUUCUUGGCCGUUGGGUGUGAUGACUCGACAGUCAGGAUUUUGAGUCUGGAUCCGGAUUCCACACUUGAGAACAAGUCCGUACAGGCCCUAACAUCUGCACCAUCCGCCUUAAAUAUAAUGUCUAUGAUCGACUCGACAUCUGGUGGUUCAACGUUGUAUUUGCACAUUGGACUGUACUCUGGUGUCUAUCUUCGAACAGUGCUUGACGAAGUUACUGGUGAGCUUUCCGAUACUCGCACUCGAUUCCUAGGCGCAAAACCAGUGAAGUUGUUUGGGGUCUCCGUCAAAGGACAGCCUGCAGUUCUUGCUCUCAGCUCUCGCCCAUGGUUAGGGUAUUCCGAUGUCCAGACUAAAAGUUUCAUGCUCACAUCCUUGGACUAUGUCGGUCUCGAAUGGGGAUGGAACUUUUCCAGCGAGCAAUGCCUGGAAGGCAUGGUUGGAAUCCAGGGCCAAAAUUUACGGAUUUUCUCGAUCGAGAAACUCGACAACAACGUGCUACAGGAGUCUAUUCCUCUAGCAUACACACCAAGACAUUUUGUGAAACAUCCGGAACAGCCUUUGUUCUACGUUAUCGAAUCCGAGAACAAUGUUCUCGCUCCAGCCACGCAGACUCGCCUAUUGGAAGAAUCCAAAUUACAAAAUGGAGAAGCCGUGAUUCCUCCAGCAGAAACUUUUGGCUAUCCAAGGGCUACCGGUCAUUGGGCUUCUUGCAUUGAAGUCGUCGAUCCUGUCAAUGCUAAAUCGGUUCUUUCGCGCCUUGAACUUGAAGAGAAUGAAUCUGCUGUUAGCAUUGCAGCUGUUUCGUUCGCAAGCCAAGACAACGAGACUUUCCUCGUCGUUGGCACAGGCAAGGAUGUUGUCACUUACCCAAGAUCCUUCUCCGCUGGAUUUAUUCAUAUCUACCGUUUCCAAGAAGAUGGCAGGGAACUGGAAUUCAUUCACAAAACCAAGAUUGAAGAGCCUCCACUUGCCCUUCUCGCAUUUCAAGGACGCUUGGUUGCCGGUAUCGGUAAGAACCUAAGGAUCUACGAUCUUGGUAUGAAGCAAAUGCUUCGAAAGUGCCAGGUUGAAGCUGUACCAAAUCUUAUUGUAGGUUUACAGACGCAAGGCAGUCGUAUUAUUGUUAGCGAUGUUCAAGAGAGUGUGACCUACGUGGUGUACAAAUAUCAAGAAAAUCAACUCAUCCCAUUUGUGGAUGAUGUUAUUGCGCGCUGGACCACUGCUACAACAAUGGUGGACUACGAGACCACAGCGGGCGGUGAUAAAUUUGGUAACCUGUGGCUUGUCCGUUGCCCACAAAAGGCGUCCGACGAGUCCGACGAAGACGGUUCUGGAGCCCAUCUUAUCCACGAGCGUUCAUAUCUCCAGGGCACAGCAAACCGAUUGAAUCUCAUGAUCCAUUAUUAUACUCAAGAUAUUCCUACAAGCCUUCACAAAACAAACCUGGUUGUCGGAGGAAGAGAUAUCCUCGUAUGGACUGGUUUGCAGGGCACUAUUGGUAUUAUGGUCCCAUUCAUUAGUCGUGAGGAUGUUGAUUUCUUCCAAAAUCUGGAGACUCAACUUGCUUCCCAGAACCCGCCGUUAGCUGGACGAGACCACCUGAUCUAUCGAAGCUAUUAUGUUCCUUCCAAGGGUGUUAUUGACGGUGAUCUCUGCGAAAGCUACUUCUUGCUUCCCAACGACAAGAAACUCAUGAUCGCUGGUGAACUUGAUCGAAGCGUUCGGGAGAUUGAACGCAAGAUCUCGGAUAUGAGGACCCGUGUGGCUUACUGA